AUGAAGUCUGUCGUUGCUUUUUUCGGCUUAUACCUCGCUUUAUUAGCCGGGAGUGUACAAGCCCAAGGCUAUGGUUGGCCUGGCUGGGCCGGAGGCAGCGGCUUUGGGAACGGGCCGGGCAGUUCAGGUGCGAUAGGAGGCGGGCUGGGCGUGUUCGCGGGCUUCGACGUCGAUAAAGCGACUCGGUAUCGCACCGCUCACGGCAUCAUCGCCGCGUUAUGUUUCGUCGUGAUAUUUCCCAUCGGCGCCAUCCUUAUGCGAGUACUACCUAGUCGACACACUUGGAUCAUCCACGCCGCGACCCAGAUCGUCGGCUUCGUUCUAUACAUUGCCGCUGCCGCGCUCGGGAUACAUCUUAUAGAGAUGGUGAGGAUUCCUCCUGAUGGUUCCAGUUUGUUGCAAAUACCAUCGAAAAACGCACACCCCAUCAUCGGCAUCGUCCUGCUCGUGGCAAUGUUCAUCCAGCCCCCGCUCGGAUUCGCCCACCAUUCCAAGUUCAAGCGUCUGCGCCGUCGAACCUUCUACUCGCACGCGCACCUGUGGCUCGGCCGCAUCGCCAUCACCCUGGGUAUUAUCAACGGCGGGCUCGGACUACAACUAGCAGAGGCAUCCGAGGGACUAAUCAUCGCCUAUUCCAUCGUGUCAGCAUUCGCCUGGCUGAUGUGGGUUACGGCGGCCGUGGUAGGCGAAAUGCGCCGUCGAGAGAAUCUUCGGGCUGCUCACCUAGGCGAUGCUCCUCCUCCUGCCAAUAAUAACAUCAUGCCCCCUAAUCACGUUGUCCUCCCCUCUCCAUUUACGAGAAACGACCAUCAUCGUCGCCAUAACAGCACCUCCAACGACCCUAGUCCUCCGUACACGCCCGGCCCUAUAUACGGUGGUCCACCGGUAUAUAGGGACGGACAGGCGGUAGAAAUGACGCCUAUGAAAAAUACCGUCGAGAGACGGGGAUCCGUAUCGUCCUUCUCGUCCGAGUUGACGCCGGUAGAUGGAAGACGGAGGCCAUAA